UUCCAAUUCUAUUUUCUUCUAUUGGAACCUCUUUUUUUUUUCUUCCAGAUAUGGAUUGUUAGAAACUAGAAAUCAUGGAUCGAGACAAGUUAUGACCUAAAUUCAAAAAAGUAAAACAAAAAUCACAAAAACUGGUUAAAAUGGUGAAGAAGAAUGCUCAACAAGAGAGAAAGAAAGAUGAACAACUCAAGAAGACGAUUAAAAAUCCUCCAAAAGCGAAAAGCCGCGAAGAUUCGUUUAGGUGCUCAUUGACACAUUUGUGUAUGGUGACUCCUAAAAGAAAGGCUUUGACAGAAAAUAAGAAAGAGCAUAUGAAGGCCCUUGUAGCAUGCUCAUUUUGGAAUUUCUACAAACCAUUCUAUGAAGAUGUAAUGAAGGAAGAGGAAUUGAAGAAAAAAAUGGUAGCUGUGAAGAUGAUCUUAAGUACAUAUGACAAGAAAAGUCCACGUCUAGUACCAGAUUGUUUCAAGUUAAAGAGAAUAAAGAAUCUGAUAUUGCAGACCACUCCCGAGCAGCUUUCUGUAACUUUUGGUCUACAAAUGAUGGAGCAAGUAACUCUAGUCAUAGAUGAGCAUUUAAGGAAGAAGCUAAACUUGUUCGUGAAUGAAUAAUUUGGUGGAAAGAAUAAGAUGAUGAAAUCUACGAUCUUGAUGGAAAACCACUAAAAGAAUUAUAAACGAAGACAUAAAAUUUAGUGUAUUGUCAACAAAUGCUUAUAAUAGUUUAUAGAAGGUUUAAAUGGUUUAUGGAUGGUUUCAAUUAUGGUUAUCUC